UCCAGCUAGCUAGCUCUUGUGCAGAUGAAUGAAGUCAGCAAUUAGCUUCUUCUUCAUCGAUUCCUCGAUCGAGUUUUGGGUACUGAAGUGAAGAAGAAGAAGAAGAAGAAUAAGAAUCGCAGUAUAAAAUGCUGCAACCCCGCGCAUUCCGCCCCUACAUACCGCUAUCAUCCUCCACAAGCGCCCCUUCCCUAUCCGUCUCCUCAAACCCUAACGACACCGCCGCAUCGCCGUCGCUCCACGGUCAUGGAAACGGCACCGGCGCCUCCAGAUCCCUCAAAAGCCCCUCCGCCUUCGGCCACAACUACCGGAUCGCCAUCGCGCUGGUCCCCUCCGCCCUCUUCCUCCUGGACCUCGGCGGCACCACCGUGGGUGCCACCCUGGUCGUGGGCCUCAUGAUCUCCUACAUCCUGGACUCCCUAAACCUCAAACCCGCGGCCUUCUUCAGCGUGUGGUUCUCCCUGAUCUUCGCGCAGCUCGCCUUCUUCCUCUCCGCCUCCUCCUCCCUCCUCGCCGCCUUCAACUCCUCCGUGGGCGCCGCCGUCCUCGCCUCCUUCCUCUGCGCCCACACCACCUUCCUCCUCGGCGUCUGGUCCUCCCUCCAAUUCAAGUGGCUCCUCUUAGAAAACCCCUCCAUCGCGGUUGCCCUAGAGCGCCUCCUCUUCGCCUGCCUCCCAAUCUCCGCCUCCGCGCUCUUCGCCUGGGCCGCCAUCGCCGCCGUCGGCAUCAACAACGCCGCCUACUACCUCGCCGCCUUCGGAUGCUGCUUCUACUGGCUCUUCUCCCUCCCCCGCGUCUCCUCCUUCAAGACCAAGCACGAGGCCCGGUACCACGGCGGCGAGGCUCCCCGCGACAGCUUCAUCCUCGGACCCCUCGAAAGCUGCGUCCACACUCUCUACCUUCUCUUCAUCCCUCUCUUGUUCCACAUCGCUUCCCACUACAACCUCGUUCUCUCUUCCCCUGCCUCCUUCUGCGACCUCAUCCUCCUCUUCUUCGUUCCCUUCCUCUUUCAGCUCUACGCCUCCACCAGAGGGGCGCUGUGGUGGGUCACCAGCAACCCCAACCAGUUACACAGCAUUCGUGUCGUCAAUGGCGCUGUUGCUCUUGUCUUUGUCGUUCUUGCCUUGGAGGUUAGGGUGGUUUUCCAUUCCUUUGGGAGGUACAUUCAGGUGCCGCCGCCUCUCAAUUAUGUUCUCGUCACUAUCACCUUGCUUGGAGGGGCUUCUGCUGCCGGGGCUUAUGCCAUGGGUAUGGUUUCUGAUGCUCUCAGCUCCGUCGCCUUCACUACUUCUGCUAUUGUCGUCAGUGCCGCCGGAGCAGUUGUUGUGGGCUUUCCCUUGCUGUUCCUCCCUCUACCUGCAGUUGCUGGCUUUUAUUUGGCUCGUUUUUUUGAAAAGAAGAGUCUAGCAUCAUAUUUUGCUUUUGUUAUUCUUGGAAGUUUGAUGGUUACAUGGUUUGUUCUGCACAACUUCUGGGAUUUAAAUAUUUGGAUGGCAGGCAUGUCCCUUAAAUCAUUUUGUAAACUCAUAAUAGCAAAUGCUGUUCUGGCUAUGGCUAUUCCUGGUUUAGCUCUUUUACCUUCAAAGUUGAACUUUUUAUCUGAGGCUGGUCUGAUAAGCCAUGCGCUGCUCUUAUGCUACAUUGAGAACCGAUUUUUCAAUUACUCCAGCAUUUACUAUUAUGGAUUUGAGGAUGAGGUGAUGUAUCCUAGCUAUAUGGUUGUGAUGACAACGUUAUUGGGUUUGGCUUUGGUGAGAAGGCUAUCUGUGGAUCAUCGAAUUGGAGGGAAAGCAGUUUGGAUUUUGACUUGCCUCUUUUCUUCAAAGCUUGCCAUGUUAUUUAUUUCAUCAAAGUCAGUUGUAUGGGUUUCUGCAGUUCUCUUGUUGGCUGUUUCUCCUCCAUUGCUUCUUUACAGGGAUGGAUCAAAAACAACUUCUAGGAUGAAACCAUGGCAAGGUUAUGCACAUGCCUGUGUAGUUGCCUUGUCAGUAUGGUUUUGCCGCGAAACAAUUUUUGAAGCCCUCCAGUGGUGGAAUGGAAGGUCUCCCUCAGAUGGUUUAAUUUUGGGCUUCUGUAUACUGUCGACUGGAUUGGCUUGUGUUCCAAUUGUUGCUAUUCAUUUCUCUCAUGUUUUGUCUGCCAAAAGAUGUCUAGUGCUGGUAGUGGCAACUGGUCUACUUUUUAUUUUGAUGCAGCCGCCUCUUCCUGUGUCAUUGACUUACCAUUCUGAUCUUAUCAAGACUGCUCGUCACUCUGCCGAUGAUAUCUCAAUUUAUGGUUAUAUAGCUGGCAAGCCUACCUGGCCUUCUUGGCUUCUUAUUAUUGCAAUUUUGCUGACUCUAGCAUCUGUUACAUCUAUUAUACCCAUUAAAUACAUUGUUGAAUUACGAACAUUUUACUCCAUUGCUAUGGGGGUUGCCCUUGGUAUCUACAUUGCUGCUGAAUACUUUCUCUGGGCUGGUGUUCUGCAUGUUCUCAUUGUUGUCACUAUGGUCUGUACCUCCGUUUUUGUUGUCUUCACUCAUUUGCCCUCUGCUACAAGCACAAAGCUUUUGCCCUGGGUAUUUGCUCUACUCGUGGCUCUCUUUCCUGUUACGUAUCUUUUGGAGGGCCAGCUGAGAAUUAAAAAUAUUCUUGAUGAUAGUGCGAUGGGAGAUUUGGGUGAGGAGGAGAAGAAGCUUACAACAUUGCUGGCUAUUGAGGGUGCCCGGACAUCUCUUCUUGGUUUGUAUGCUGCAAUCUUCAUGCUUAUAGCCUUGGAGAUAAAGUAUAAACUUGCUUCAAUUUUGCGGGAGAAGGUUAUUGAUUCAGGUGGAAUUAGACAAAAUCAUUCCAGUCAAAGUGCAUCUGCCAGUCUACUGCCAAGAAUGAGGUUUAUGCAGCAUCGUCGGGCUACUGCAGUACCUGCCUUUACAAUUAAGAGGAUGGCUGCUGAUGGAGCCUGGAUGCCUGCUGUUGGCAAUGUUGCCACAGUGUUGUGCUUUGCUAUAUGUCUAGUGCUGAAUGUUAACCUUACUGGUGGCUCAAAUCGCUCCAUAUUUUUCCUGGCUCCUAUACUGCUUCUGCUUAAUCAGGAUUCGGAUUUUGUUGCUGGUUUUGGGGACAAACACAGAUAUUUUCCUGUGACUGUUGUCAUCUCAGUGUACUUUGUUCUAACUGCCCUCUACAGCAUAUGGGAAGAGGUUUGGCAAUUCAAUAGUGGAUGGGGUCUUCAAAUCGGUGGGCCAGACUGGAUUUUUGUGGUGAAGAAUUUGGCACUCCUCAUUCUUACGUUUCCCAGUCAUAUACUUUUCAACAGGUAUGUGUGGAGCCAUACGAAGCAUAGUGAUUCACCCCCGUGGAUAACUUUGCCUCUUAAUCUGCUUCCAAUUGCAUGUACAGACGUACUCAAGAUUAAGAUCUUGGGUAUAUUAGGAGUUAUAUAUUCCCUGGCUCAGUAUCUAAUCACUAGGCAACAAUAUAUCUCUGGUCUAAAGUACAUCUGAACGACCAUAUAUUCUGUACGAUAUGUUUGUGAAUUUAGGUAUUCAUGCAUGUGCUUGCCUAAAUUUGUAUGAGGAAGAUGGUGAAAUGCAUUUUUGUUAUUACGUUUAGCCCA